GGCUGGCUUCAAAUGACAGCAGCGGGCCCGGCCCGUACAGUCCGUCAGUCUUUCCGGGGUUCACAUAGAAAGGCUUCCGUGCUUGUGGAGAGCCGAGGACUACCGAUGAUAAAUUGAUAGCAUACAUAUGCAACAUCUGCAUUAAAAAAGCAGACGCAGAGCGACUUGCAGAAAACGCCCAGCGAGUCACGGCGCUAAGGAUUUUUAGUGAACCACAACUACAGCGGCUAACAGUUCCCUGCUAAAUAGUUAGCCGGAACCGCAGACAGGUAUGUCUGAAGUUAGUCUUGAGGCCGAGUCGGGGAAGACCUCAGCCGAGACCCCUCAGAUGGAUUGUGAGAAUGCUGAGAAAGCAGAGGAGAGUUUAAGCGAGGACUUAGAACAGGACAGUGUAGACAACAGUGGGGGGAGAGGUGACAAAACUGAUGUGAUGUACGACAUUGAUAUUGAUGGUAACGAAGACGAGGCAGAGGCCGGUGGAAAGGAUGUUCUCAAGGAGGACGGGGGCAUUGAGAGGGAGAAUGUACUGGCUGGCAGUGUAGACAAUGGGAUACGUGAGACAACGCGCCAUGUUGAGAGAGCCAAAGCACCAGAGGAUAAUCACAGUGAAACAAAGGAGAACACAAUGGCUGAGGAAUCCCAUAGGAGCUCAGCUGCUGAGAUCCCAGUCACCAGCAAUGGAGAUGUGGAUCAGAGCCCUGACGCAGUAUUUAAGAGGGACCCUGUGGCUCUAAACCUCUCAGAGUCUCAUGUCAGCUCCAUCAAUUUUGCUUCAACAACAGAGGGCAUCAUAGAAUCAGGACCAUACAAAGGGUCGGCAAGCCUGCCCACGUCUCCCGUGACACCUGUAGCUCCCAGCUCGGCUGUCGCUAGCCGCCUGGCUCGCUCUGCCAGCGCUAGUCAGGCUGACAAAGAUACGAUGAAACCACAGCCGCAGAGUGGAGCCGUGGUCCUUUCUGAUGACCUAAAGAACCCAGCCAUGGAGAAACUGGACCUAGUGAGAAAAUGGAGCAUCAACACAUAUAAAUGUACCAGGCAGAUCCUGUCGGAGAAGCUGGGUCGGGGAUCGAGGACCGUCGACCUGGAGCUGGAGGCCCAAAUCGAAGUGCUGCGCGACAACAAGAGAAAGUACCAGAACGUGAUCAAGCUGGCUCAGACGCUGGCUAAUCAGCUGUCCCAGAUUAUGCAGACGCAGAGGCAGCUGGGCGACGCCUUCGCUGACCUCAGCCUCAAGUCGCCAGAACUCCAUGAGGAGUUCAACUACAACGCUGAAACCCAAAAACUUCUGUCCAAAAACGGAGAGACCCUGCUGGGGGCCAUCAACUUCUUCAUCUCUAGUGUCAACACGCUUGUGGACAAAACCAUCGAAGACACCAUGAUUAAUAUCAAACAGUAUGAAAUAGCCAGGGUAGAGUACGAUGCGUACCGUACAGACUUGGAGGAGCUGAAUCUGGGGCCCCGUGACGCCACCACCAUGCCCAAGAUUGAGCUGUCCCAGCAGCAGUUCCAGAUCCACCGGGAGAAGUAUGAGAGGAUGCGAAACGACGUCUCAGUCAAGCUGAAGUUCCUGGAGGAGAACAAGGUGAAGGUGUUGCACAACCAGCUCAUCCUGUUCCACAAUGCCAUAGCUGCGUACUAUGCUGGAAACCAGCAGCAGCUGGAACAGACACUCAAGCAGUUCCACAUCAAGUUGAAAAUGCCAGGUGGAGACAGUCCAUCUUGGCUGGAAGAGCACUAAACGCCCCUUCUGAAAUCCUCUCGUCUUAGUUUGACAUGAGAUGUCAAAUUCUACAGAAACUACAGGAACCUCUUUCUCCCCUUUAACUCUACUGUCACUGCUCGUCAACUUUCCGAACUGUAAAUCUUUUAACAAAAUGCACAAAAGGGUUUAAAAAAAAGAAAGAAAAAAAGAAAGAAACAGCUCCCACAUUCCUUUUUACUCUUGAUGUUAAAUCAUUUUUCAACUCUGAAGUUAUUUGAAAUCAUAAGAAAAUGCACUUUUAUACUGUUUGACGGAUCCGUCGAACAGACGUUGCUGCAGCGAACAUGUGUGGAAACUCUAAAUGGCCUUUUGUACUCCAGUGUAUGAAUGUCGUGUCCCAGCACAGCGGACGUGUUGUAAGGGCAGCUAUGGAACAAGAACGACUGCCACCUUCCUUUACACUCUUUACAUCGGUCUUAUCAGCCGGCUGAGACAGGGAUCAAAGUCUAAACAGGAAGUUUAUUUUUUUAACAUGAAUUUCUUUCAUGAUUUCACAUGAAAGCUGUUAUGAUAAAAAAAAAAAAAAAAAAGGGGGCAUGGUUGCAUUCAGAUUUCUGGAUCAUCAUCAUCAUGGUAAAUAAACUUUCUUAUUGUGAUUUAAGUAAGGUUAUCCAUGCUACUCUAUCUGUCCUUUCAGUAUAAGGCAUGCAAGCAGCAGCAAGUUAGCGUAAAGACUGAAGAUGUGGAGACAAGCGGCCUGGCUCUGCCCACGGUUUAAAGAAAUCCGACUAAAACAAAAGCCAAAUUUUACGAAGUCAUCGUUGUGGUUUUACGGUGGAUAAAUGUAUAUUUGGGCAGAGCCGGGUUAGUUUCUUCCUCUUGACUCCUGGCUUUACGCUACGCUGCCUCAAACUUAAUGGUGAACAGACACGUAUGAGAGGAGUGGCCAUCUUUUCUUCUGACGCUUUGAAACCAAAGUAUUUCCCUAAACUCUGAAACACUCCCGUUUAAAAAGAGAUCUCUUAUUAUUGUCCGCUCACAACGAAUCCUCCUCUUUUUUUUUUGUGAUGCGUUUUUUGCUACUUUUAUUUAACAUUAUCCUCUGUUUUUUUUUUUUUUUUUUUUAAUCCUUUCUCUACAUUCAGGGCAUGUGACUGAAUGGGUGGAAGUGUUGAUUCUCUUAAAUUCCCGAGAAAAUGAAGGACCAGCCUUAUGUGACUAAAUGUGCCUUGAUUUCUUGAAAUUGUUCUAUCUGAUCUUCUUACUGAAAACAGGCACCCUCUCAGCACCACCAGUUUUCAGGGCUGACUCUCAAUGAAAGACAAUGGACCAAACAAACAAACUCACAUCCAGCGCACACUCCAUUGGAGAAGGUGCAGAUGGAGGCCUGUACAACUGCACAUGUUGGAGCACGUCACAAACAAACGAAGCCGCCUCCACUUACUCCAGAGCGUUGGAAGACAUGCUGUUCUCAAAGAUAUUUAUCCACAUUGCACAUGUGCACGUUUAUGCACUUGUAUCAAAUUACAAAAACCUUGUAAGAACUAUAUGAUGAUGAUGAUGAUGAUGUGAGGUUUAAACCAUAACACGGUUAACUUGAGGAAUUCUGCCUUUUGUAAAUUUGAGCGAGCGGCAUCCUUUGGCCCAGGCUGCUAACAGUUGAAUCGAUUUGGUUAUUAUAUAAAAGUAUAUUUUUCAAAGGGGACUUCUGAAUGCGGGUAUGGACGACCAGUUGACAUGUCCUCACUUUGUGGAUUUGUACUUUUUCUUAUGGCUCAUUAUAUUAGUUUGAGAGUGUGAAUCUUGUACAACAAUCUAUUGUUUCCUUGAAAAAUAGAUGGAUAUAUAUUUGUAAUCUCUAUAUUUUCCUGUUAGUAUGACCAAUGCUGCCAUUUGGCUUUUUUUUUGUUUUUGUUUUUGUUGUUUUUGUUUUUUCUGAAGACCAGAUCAGCUAGUACUGCUUCAGUAUGUACUAGUGGAUAUCUACCUUAUUAAUGAAACAUUAACAAAUGUUGAGUGGAGAGGAUUCUGAAUGUUGUGUGACUUCUUUGGGAAAAUAAAACUUCCUUUUUCUUUAA